AUUGAUGGAAGAUGGACGUCUAGCUGUAUCGCUCGUCUCAGAGCUAGCUGAGGAGCGCGUUCCUUGUCGGGAAACCAGGACAGGGCUCGAAAAGUCGGCAUCUGGAAUCACUGGAGCUGUUCGGAAGACCAGGAAUAGUUCUGGGCGUAGGGCGACUGGUCGAACUAUCUCUCGUGCGGCGUCUGAUUUGAAUUUGGCUUCAAAUCCCGCUGACGAGACUACUGUGAUGCCCACCGUUCCUAGCGAAUCUUGUGUUUCGGCUAACAGGAACGGCAAUGCAACAAGACGAAGGAAAUGGACGCGACAAAUGAAUAGGGAAGUGAUGUUUUGUUAUUACUACGUGCUGUUGUCAUGCAAGUUCUCUGCUUUCAGAAAACCCAUGCAUCAGCUGUGGUGUAAACGAAAUCCUUCUCUGACUGACGUCUCUGAGCAGCGUUUGGCAGACCAGAAGCGAUAUCUCUUGACUUCUGGAAGUCUGACUGAAUCAGAGUUGGAGGAGAUUAAACGCGAGGCCGCACAGGAUGGAAAGCCCGUCUCAGGUUUGUUAUCUGUUACGACUGAUGUUUGUCGUGGUGAGUGGCAAAGCAACAAGAUGACAGAAAUGGACGCAACAAAUGAAUAG